CUCUAGAGUUUAGAUUCACAGCCGCACAAAAUAUCCUCUUUUCCUUCUCUUACUUCCACUCAACUCGACGCCUCCUUUUCAUAUUCACUUUCCCCUCCUUUUGACCCAAAAAGGAACUGUUUUGGUGCGGGAACUGCUCGGAAAUGAAGAUACAGUGCAACGUCUGCGAGGCCGCCGAGGCCAAGGUGCUGUGUUGUGCCGACGAGGCCGCGCUCUGUUGGGAGUGUGAUGACAAAGUUCAUGCUGCCAAUAAGCUCGCCAGCAAGCACCAGAGGGUCCCUUUAUCUUCUUCUUCUACUCAAAUGCCCAAGUGUGACAUUUGUCAGGAAACAGCUGGCUUUUUCUUUUGUCUACAAGACCGUGCAUUACUUUGCAGGAAAUGUGAUGUUGCCAUACACACUGCAAAUACCUUUGUGUCUGCUCAUCAGAGAUUCUUGCUUACUGGGGUGAAAGUAGGUCUUGAAGCUGCUAACGUUGGCACAUCAUCUGCUACAUUCAAGUCAACUUCUGGGGAGAAAAAAUCAGAAACAAAAUCCCCCUCUGUGUAUAGAAAGAGCACGCUGAUGCCAUUGGCUGGUGUAUACAAAGAGGUUUUACCUGCAAAUGCUGAUGGAAUGGAGGAUUGUGUGACAACAAGAUUAUCGUUUACUGGGGGCUCAGCAGCUGGAAGCAUACCAACGUGGCAAAUAGAUGAAUUUCUUGGACUUCCUGAAUUCAAUCAAAAUUACGAGUACAUGGAUAAUGGAUCAUCUAAGACUGAUACUGGCAAGUGUGGAGACUCUGAUGGCUCCCCAAUCUUAAGAUCUGCCGAGGAGGAACUAGACAAUGAUGAGUACUUGGGUCAUGUGCCAGAGAGCUCCUGGGCGGUGCCACAAAUUCCUUCCCCUCCUACAGCAUCAGGGCUCUAUUGGCCAAAAAGUUCUCUGCGUCCAUAUGAUACCACAGCAUUCGUGCCUGACAUAUACAGCACAACCAUUCAAGACCCCCACCAUGAUCAGCAUCAUGGCCCUGCAAAAAGGCCUCGGUGGGAGUUGUAACCUUGUGACUUUUAUAAUCACGGUCGAUGUCUCAGGUUGAAAACUCACCCUGGCAUGAUUUUUUUGCCUAUCUUCUCUCCCUCCAUUUGCUGUUAUAAAUUAUUCACCGCUCUCUUAUUCCUGAUGGGGUUUUGAGAAAAAAUUAAUAAUAAGUACAUGGAUUUGAAAGGCAAGGCCUUUGAUUUGGAAGUUACAGCUAGUGUCUCUAGUUACCAUAGUGUUUAGUCUCAAUAGUUUCUGUUAGACAGUUUUAGCUUUUGUCGUUUCAGUGCAUCUACUUGAUGAAUCUUUAAUUAUUUUUAUAGCUUAUUAUUGGCAAUUUGUACGAAAUGGUUAUUAUUUUGUGAUGGGUUUUGAUAUUUUUAAUAA